AUGCAAGAGGCGGCCGGUGGCGCCUGCCACCCACACUGUCAGCGCGGAGGCGGGCCUGUUUGCGCGGGCUGCCGCCAGGGCGCAGCAGCGCUGCAACAUGGCGGCCGGCGGCCAUCCGUCUUGCUGACGCCCGCGGCCGGCGAGCGCAGAGUGGCUGCUGGCGGCAAACACGCCGCUGAUGCCGCCGCCGCCUCCGCAGCCAGCAACACGGGCCGGACCAACUUCACCAACAAGCAGCUCACCGAGCUCGAGAAGGAGUUCCACUUCAACAAGUACCUGACGCGAGCGCGGCGCAUCGAGAUCGCGUCCGCGCUCCAGCUCAACGAGACGCAGGUCAAGAUCUGGUUCCAGAACCGCCGCAUGAAGCAGAAGAAGCGGCUCAAGGAGGCGGCUGCCAGCGCUCAGUGCCAAAGUCAUGGUGGAACCAGUGAACUACCAGGAGGCGUAGCUCUGGCUCAAGCUGGUCCUCGGUCUCCCAUCAACUAUCCAGCUGAGACUACGUUGUUGGGCCAACAAGUGAACCAGCUGGAAGCAUCAUGUCGGGUACUUUAG